AUGGAUCACUCAGACGUGGCUGCCAGUCACUUUGUGAUCUUAACUCCAAGACUGAUCCUCGUUCCCACCCCUGUUGCAGUGGAUCUGAGCUCAUACAGAGCCCUCUACUCCAAACUCCAUGCAGAUGCAGCAUUCUGUGAGAUGGGCUUUGGUCAUCAUUUCCUACCUCGAAAAUGGUCGGACCAAGAGACCCGCGAUGUGAUUCAAACACGCGACAUCGACCGAUGUUGGAAAGUUCGAGGGCUGGGGGAUUUCGCUGUGGGGUUCCGCCCCUCCAAGCUAAACGCCAACCAUUUGCCAGAAGCAGAACCCACCGGGGUUCAAUUAGUCAAAGAUCAAGAAUCUUUGCGUCUUGCUGGGUUGAGUAAAUCUGACCUAGCGGAGGUGGAAUGGGCAGGGUAUGCCGGCGUUCGGGAUGCAACAACCACGUCAAUGCCACCACGGGAACCUGGCGACGCCGAUCUGCCACCCUGGGUCGAGAUGAUCGAAAUACGCUACGGCGUCUCUCCAAGUCACUGGGGCAAGGGAAUCGCAAAGGAAGCAUCACAGGCGAUCAUGCAGUGGGCUGCCACUACAGGGGUGAAAAGAUUUAUCGCCGAAACAGAGAAGGAAAACACGCGAAGUGCAGGCCUUUUGCAGAAACUUGGAUUUACUUUGAGUGAAACGAACUAUUGGAAAGAACCCAGUGAGCUUGAAUGGCAUUGUACUGCUAAAUAA